CGUACUUGUACAUACGCAAUAUCUGCAUAUCACAAAAAACAUCAACAACAUCUGAACCGUCGUGCAUACCUCCGCUUCCCCCUCCCCGCCGCCGUCAUGAGCAAAUUCGGCGUGCUCGUAAUGGGCCCCGCGGGCGCCGGCAAAUCCACCUUCUGCACCGCCAUGAUCCAGCACCUCCAACACAGCAAGCGACCCUGCUUCUACGUGAACCUCGACCCGGCCGCCGAGGACUUCGCCUUCGAACCCGACAUCGACAUCAAAGACCUCAUCAGCCUAGAAGACGUAAUGGAAGAGAUGUCCUUAGGCCCGAACGGCGGCCUAAUAUACUGCUUCGAGUUCCUCAUGGAGAACCUCGACUUCCUGACGGACCCGCUCGAAGAAGUCACAGAAGACUACCUCAUCAUCUUCGACAUGCCGGGGCAAAUCGAACUCUACACGCACGUGCCGAUCCUCCCGGACCUCGUCAAGCACCUCAUGCGCGGCUCCCUCAACAUCAACAUGUGCGCCGCCUACCUCCUCGAAUCCACCUUCGUCAUCGACCGCCCGAAAUUCUUCGCGGGCACCCUCUCCGCAAUGUCCGCCAUGCUCAUGCUCGAGAUGCCGCACGUCAACAUCCUCUCGAAAAUGGACCUCAUAAAGGGGCAAGUCGCGAAGCGCGACCUCAAGCGCUUCCUCGACGUCGACGCGCGACUCGCAGACGAGGACCCGUCUCGCCCGGUGCCGAGCAACGACCUCGACGUCCUCCCCGAGACGCUCGACAACACCGACCCCGCGAAGACGGAGAAUGUUAUGGCGGGGAGUGCGUUUUACCAGCUCAACAAGGCGGUUGCGCGCCUCAUCGACGACUUCAGCCUCGUGUCGUUUCUGAAGCUCGACGCCCAGGACGAGGAUAGCGUCAAUGCGGUGCUGAGCUACAUCGACGACGCGAUUCAGUUCCACGAGGCGCAGGAGGUCAAGGAGCCGAAGGACCUGGAUAUGGAUCCUAUGGAGGCGAGCGGCAUGGACGACUAAGUUGCGUGACGUGAGGAUUCGAACACGAUAUUUUACAUAUGCAAAUGGCAAUAUCUGCAUAGAGAUACAGCGCUCAAGGAAUCUUCGUUUCCAUCUAGUAUGGCACUACAACGGACAUGAGGCCGAGGCAAUUGGAAAACCGGCUUCUGACAUAGACAGACAUUGUUGUCUCUGAAAGCCGCACUCGAUUCCGAAAGAGAAAAAAGAACGAAGAAGAGAGCGCUCUUGGAUAUGUGGAUAGGGAGGGGCGUCGACCACCCAAACACACAGAGGCAAAGGGGGGCGAUGUUGGUGAGAACGCAAAAAAUCAGCGCAAGAGGG